AUGAAUCAGAUAUACAGGCAAAGUAAUUCAAGUAUAAAUACCAAGCAUGGAUUUUUAUUUAUUACGUAUCUUAUUUUUUACGACUACUUUUAUAAGAUAUGCAAAUGUGCAUCGACAAAUUUGAAAGGUCGAUGGGGAUUAACAGGUUUUACGCAAACAUUCCGUGAUCAAUCUUUUACGGCAACUUGUGCUUCGGGUUCUGAUACAGACCAUUACGUAACAUGUUCAGGAUACUGCAUGAGUUACUUGUUUCAAGAUCCAGAUUUAACUAAAUUAAUGGUUGUAAGAGGCUGCCAUGCAGUAGAUGAUCAGACAUCAGAUGUAUCAUACUGUGAAUAUGACAAGGAUUUAGAACGCGUUGAUUCCCAGGGAAAUACUGUUUAUGUAAAAGCAUUAGUAGAAUUUUGCUCUGGGUUGGUACUUGCCAAUUUGUUCGCUAUUCACAAAGCAUGCUCUGAUAUUAAUUUGUUUGGAAACGGACACGGUUGCGCAACUUCUGACUUAGUGACCAUUCCAGGCAAUUUGGUCAAAUUAAAUGGCGAAAUAACUCAUUGCUUUUGUAAUGAUAAAGAUUAUUGUAAUGGAACAAAUACUGUAACUUUGCAUGUUAUUGUAAUAUCUUUAAGUUUCAUGUUCUUGAUGCAACAACAUUAA